UUAUUCUCUAGAAAGGUGGCCACAGCAGCCAAUCACAUCAGUCUUUAGAGAAGCGGUCAGUAGCAGCCAAUCACGUGAAUGCUUGAAUAGAAUAACAGCUUAUGUAGAAGGCCAACCAAUUGAAUCACUGCGCUGCUUAUAGCAGCCAAUCAGAUCACUGCUUAAACUGUACUAAGGCGGCCACAGCAACCAAUCAGAUCAGUUUUGGAGCUGAGGUUAACCAAUCACAUGAAGGCUUUAAUAUGAGAGCAGCGAGCUCACUGGUUGCUAGGGGCAACAGCUCCGUUGACUGCCUGCGCCGGUUUUCUGUCACGGAGAAACCUUUGUCGUCCGUCUUCUCCUCCUGACCAGAUAAUGGAGGCCCAGUUCACAUUACAGCGGCACCAGCCCACGGCCUGACGAGGAGUGGCCAUGCUGGGAGUUGUAGUACGACCUGGCUGUGAAGGGGGAUGAGGUGACUGUCAGUCCGGGCUCUGCAGCUGUCAGAGAGUGGGGGCGGUGCGGCCUGGAGCCGCCGGUUCUCAGCUCCCUCCCUGCUCCUCCGCCGCCGCCAGUGACGUGAGGUGCGGAGGGGAGGAGGCCGCUCCGGGCCGGGGGGAGGAGGAGAAGGCCGCGCCCGCUCCCCUCGCUCAUUGGCCGAGGCCCCCGCAGCCCCCUGAUCCGUAGACCCGAGACCCCGGCGGAGAGAGGACGCCCGGACCCUGGCAGGUCUUGUGAAUGACUGGGAAUAACCAUGGAUCCGGGAGGUGGAGGGCUGGAACUCCAGAUACAAGAGGCCAGAAUCCCCCACGCCAUGAUCAUGCAGGACUUUGGUACGUGUCCGGGAUGGCGGGCACCGCCCAUGUUGAUGGCGACCACAUUGUCGUCUCUGUUCCAGAGGCCGUGUUAGUUUCCGAUGUCAUCACGGAUGAUGACAUCACGUUGGCGCAGGAGGAGCUGACGGAUGACGUUGUGCAGGGCCCGGACAUCAUCAGCGAGGAUGACGACGUUACAGAGAACGUCAUUGUACCGGAGGCCGUCCUGGAAACUGAUGUCGCGAUUGAGGAGGAGUUGCUGGAGAGCAGCCAUCACGUCUUGGAAUCUGACAUUAUUACCGAAACUGUCACUGACCAAGUGUUUGUGGCCGAUCUUGUCGCUGGAACCGAUGGUCACUUGGCCCAAGUGGUGCAGGAUGCGAUGUCGGGAUCUCCCACCAUGGUCUCCCAGGAGGUUCUGGUGGCCAGCUGUGACGCCGACGUCAUGACCCAUUCCCCCGACAUCCAGGCUGCCGGCUCCUCCAUGACCAUUAAAACGGAGGAUGAUGAUGAUAUGAAAGGUGCAGCUGAAGAUUACCUGAUGAUAUCAUUAGACGACGUCGGGGACAAGUUAGAACGCAUCGGCAGCGCUCCUCUGAAAAUCAGCACAGAGGUUUCCCAUGGGGAUGUGGCGUCUAAAGAAGAUGGGUUUGGUUCAGAGGUGAUUAAAGUUUACAUAUUCAAAGCGGAGGCAGAUGAUGAUGUGGAAAUAGGAGGGACAGAAAUCGUUACAGAGAGCGACUUCCACAACGGGCAUUCCAUCGCUGGCGUCCUCGAGCAGAGCGGUCUGGCUCGAAUGCAGAGAGAGAAGAUGGUUUACAUGACUGUUAAAGACUCCUCUCAGGAAGAUGAUGGCAUCGGCUGCGCAGAAAUCGCAGAUGAAGUCUACAUGGAAGUCAUCGUGGGGGAAGAGGAAGCGGCUUCUCUUCCAGAGGCUCAGAACGAGGACUCCAGCUUGAGCAAAACAUUUGUUCCCGUGGCCUGGGCAGCAGCUUAUGGAGAUGAUCGGGAGCUGCCCCGGAAAUACGGAGACUGGCAGGAGGCUGGAAACCUGGAGCCGCGUCUGGAAAACAAGAAUGGAACAGCAACCCAGUACCUGCAGAUCUGUGACAGUAUCGCCACCAGCAGAGCCCUGAAACAAAAGGCCAAGAAGAGGAGGAGAGGCGACGCCAGGCAGUGGCAGACAGCCGUCAUCAUUGGUCCGGACGGGCAGCCGCUGACAGUCUACCCUUGUCACCUCUGCGGCAAGAAGUUCAAAUCCAGAGGUUUCCUGAAACGACACAUGAAGAAUCAUCCUGAUCACAUGAUAAAGAAGAAGUAUCAGUGCACGGACUGCGACUUCACCACCAACAAGAAGGUCAGCUUCCACAACCACCUGGAGGGCCACAAGCUGAGCAGCAAGGUGGACAAGACGCACGAGAUCACGGAAUACACGCGGCGAUACCGCGAGGCCAGCCCCCUGAACUCCAACAAGCUCAUCCUGCGAGACAAAGAGCCCAAAAUCCACAAGUGCAAAUACUGCGACUACGAGACCAGCGAGCAGGGACUGCUGAACCGCCAUCUGUUGGCGGUCCACAGUAAGAACUUCCCUCAUGUGUGUGUCGAAUGCGGAAAGGGUUUCCGGCACCCUUCUGAGCUCAAAAAACACAUGAGGACACACACGGGCGAGAAGCCAUACCUGUGCCACUAUUGUGAAUUUAGGUGCGCUGACCAGUCCAACCUAAAAACGCACAUUAAAAGUCGCCACGGGACAGACUUGCCUUACAAGUGUGAACAGUGCCCACAGGCAUUUUCUGACGAAAAGGAACUUUUAAGGCACACCGAGCUUUUUCAAGGUCACAAAACCCACCUGUGUCCUCAUUGUGACCACAAGAGCACCAACUCCAGCGACCUUAAACGGCACAUCAUAUCCGUGCACACCAAGGACUUCCCCCACAAGUGUGAGGUGUGCGAGAAAGGGUUUCACCGUCCUUCGGAACUCAAAAAACACAGCGAGACCCACAAAGGCAAGAAGAUCCACCAGUGCCGACACUGUGACUUUAAAACGUCCGACCCCUUCAUACUGAGUGGCCAUAUCCUCUCCGUUCACACCAAGGACUUGCCCUUUAAAUGUAAAAAGUGCAAACGAGGCUUUCGGCUUCAACUUGAACUGAAGAAGCACAUGAAAACUCACAGCGGCAAGAAAGUGUACCAGUGUCAGUACUGCGAGUACAGCACCACGGACGCGUCCGGAUUCAAACGCCACGUCAUCUCCAUACACACAAAGGACUACCCGCACCGCUGCGAGUUCUGCAAGAAGGGAUUCCGCAGGCCGUCGGAAAAAAAUCAGCAUAUCAUGAGGCACCACAAGGAGGCGAUCAUGUAACGGCAGCGCAAAAGAUUACAGCCGCCUCAGUCAGGAACCGCAGCCUUUCUUCUUCUUCUUUUUUUUUUGCACUUUGCUGUGAGUUCCUCAGUCAUGAAGGGGUUAAUCCUUAAUUGUGCAGCACGUCGCUGAUUUAUAGAAAAGGGGCUGAGGUGGGGGAGGGGUCUGUUUUAAUCUCUAGGUGAGAAAUGGGCACACCUUCAUCCGCAGGAGAACUGCAAGUACCAGCACCUCUGCCACCGAUGUAAAUGGCGUGAUCUGAGUAGGACUGGCCGAGGGUUCACCAUCGCUCGUUUUCGACUCUGUGCCUGAACGUUGCAUUUUCCGUGUGCUGCAAAAUGAAGCGAUUGUUCCCUGAAAACGCAUCUGAUGCGUGCGUCUGUGUAUAAAGUGUUUACAGCGCUGCUAACACCACAGGGUCACAGGAUACAGUAUUGAUUUAGUAGCAUUUGCUUUCUCCGACACUAAAGGUGGAACGCAGCGAGAUCCAAGGUGCUAGAUCCGGUGACGUCGUGUGGGCUUCUUAUCGUUAUUACCGUGGAAUGUGGUUCGGUGGGAUCCUGUUUUAUUGUACGUAUGUAUGAGUCUAAUGGAGUCCUCCUCCUUUUUAAUUUUAAAUAUAUGUAAAUAAAUAUAUAUUAUAUCUAUAGAUGGAAGAAUAUAGCAGAAAUUUAGCACUUUUCUCUCUGUUGCUGCAGCUGUGACGAGUGAGGGGCGGCAGGGGGCGGUCAUGGCUGUUAACGGACGACUACUGCGGUGCCGUAAAACUGUCCGCUUCUAGCUCUGGAUACGAUAUCUUACCCCUAUUAAUAAGAAUGCGUAAUAUAUCAGCUUUCUCUACAUGGUGACAGCUGAUUGGCCUCCCAUGUCCCCUCAACAGUGAAUGUCACUAGUGCUGCAGCCUCUGGACUCAUUCAAAGACCAACAAAACCCCCUUAUACCAAUCUAACCCAACCUGCGGGUCUCCAGGUGUAGCAAAACUUCAUCUCCCAUCAUGCCCUGAUGGCCUGCAGCUAUAAGGGCAUGAUGAGAGUUGUAGUUUUUCAACAGCUGGAGACCCACAGGUUGUUGAUCGUGGCCUUAAGGCUGUAGGUUUGCAUUGUCCGCUGAUGGAGCGUUUGCUUGUUCAUCAAGCAAUCGGUGACCGUAUUAGGCUAGGUCUACACGACAACA